CAGAGCCGUUGUAAUAUGAAGGGACCACUGUGUUGCCAGACAUGCUGGACGGCAGUUCAAAUCUAAACCAUGAGGAUGUCAAUGAGGAGGUCAACCAGCAAAACAGUGUUGACCUACAUGGUGUUCAACUGCAGCUACAAAAUACAGAAGCUAAUACUGAACCCAUAGUCACUCUGCAGAGAAGUACACUUGUAAUUUUUACCACAGCCUGCAUAGCAGCUAUUCUCACUCUUCUCGGUGGAGUCAUUAUCACAGGUUAUAAGUUAAUGGAAAUGAACAAUCAGCUGACAGAAGAUGUGACAGGUUUCCAAAAGGAGUUCCCCAGUCUGUCGAGAAAAGAAGGCAUAGUUCCAGAGGAAGUGUGGAGUUGGAUCAUUGCAGAGAAAGCUGACGUGACUCUUAAUCCUGAUUCGGCUCACGCUGCCCUCGAAGUAAACAACAAUGGCAGGAGUCUCUACACAGCGUCAUUCAGCAGUCCCCCCCGGGUCCCAACAGCUGAGACAUAUCUGAUAUGUCUCUGUGUUUCAUCUAAAAACCUGCUAAACACUAGGGUUUAUUUCGAACUUCAGGUGACCCAGUCUGUGCCCUGGACUCUUGGGUUGCGUACAGCAUCUUUUAAUGCAGAUACCACCCCUGAUUCAGACCCUGACAGUGGCAUCUGGACCAUUGCCUCAACAAAUGGUAAAAUAGUCAUCAACGAUGGGAAAGCUAUUCCGACACCUUACACCACACCAACUAGGCUUGGACUGUACCUGGACUACGAGCAGGGUCAAGUGUCCUUUUAUGAUGCAGUGGCCAAACUUCAUUUACACACCUAUCUUUCCAGCUUCAGAGAGAAACUUCUGUUUUAUGGAGCCUUUCAGGUUGGAAUACAACAGAACCAAAAGUUGCUCAUGUUCUUUACCUAAUUUUAUUUCAUUAAGCUUGUUGAUUUUGGGAGGAAUGUCUAUU